UCACUAUUGUGUACGGCUGAGGGAGGAAGAAAAAAAAAAAAAAAGAGGGAGCUGAGGGGAGGGAAAGAAAACCUGUCUCUUUGUGUGAGAAGGACUCAGCAGGAAAGUGCUUUUAUGAAUUUGUGUUGUUUUUUUUUCCUACUUUUCUUUUUUCGUUGUCUCUUUUUGAGAUUGCUGCCACAGGAAGGCUCGUCUCCCCCCGAGCCGAAAGCCAGACCGCGUCCACUUUUCUAUGUGCCACAGCUGCCUUUGCACCGGGCUGACGCGCAAGUAUGCUCCUCCGGCCGGCAAAACAGCGACACCCGGGCUUCUCCUGAUGAUGAGAUCCAACGUCAGACUGGUUUCCAUGAAUAUUGAUGUGGAGCAUAGACUGUUUCAUAGAACAGAAGGAGGCAAGAUGGCUGCCCUAUAGGAUUUGUUAAAGAGGCGAUCCAGACGAUUUGCUGGAAUUUCUACAAAGUGGAGGGACAUAAAAAGAAGGUGGGACAGAGGGCAGGCUGGUGUAUGGGCUCUGAGCAGGCCAGAUGGAAACAGAAGAGGCCAACCAUGCGGCGGAAGAAAGUCUGAUGUUGGGACAGUUCGGAGCGUCUCGCCACCGCUCGCACAAAUUCCAGAAUGGAGCCCGGCGCUCACAGGAGGACUCUCUGCAGAUCAGCGACGGCGAGAGCUGGAUUAAUGAGGUGGUGCAAUACGAGCCCAGCAAAGCCGUCGGCUCUAUGAAGAGGUACAGGGAGAGCUGCAGCGUCCCUGCUUCUGAACAAGCAAUGUUCCAGCAGGGGUUCUACAAGAUGAACGGAGAUUUGAUGAACGGAGAUUUAGUGAACGGAGAGGCAAAGCACGGACUAUCUGAGCAGUCCUUACCGACCCACCAGCCCAAGAAGAUGAAAGUGGGCGUCGAAAUGAAAGAAAACGGCGACUCAAGCUAUGAAUUGGCGAAAAACUUCUCCGAGUCGACAAAGAAACCCGAAAUGGAGCGCACUUCUGCUCAGACUGACAUUGAUUUUGAUAUAAGGAGCUGUCAUUUAUCUAACGGAGAUAUUUUCAGUCUACCACAAAAUAAGCCGGUUCCAAACGGUGUUCUAUCAUCUUCCUCAACCAUAGAAAGCACUCCGGGUGACCUGUUGGAAAAAACCUUGUCUCAGUACUAUCCAGAGCAAGUGUCCAUUGCACCACAAGCCUCUGGACCACAGCUGGAUACUGUCAACAACUCAUUGGCCGCACACUCAGCCGCUGAAGGUGCUCGACCCCCUCCUCUCACCUCAGGGUUGUCAGAGUCGCAGCAGCAGCAGCCGCCGCCUGCAACAUCUGCAGAAGGCGUGAACAGCUACAACUCUGUCAACUAUUUAGUCAAUGGAUGUUCCAGCAACUUUGGAGCGAACCACCAUCAGCAGCCGCCCUCAUCUUGUUCUGGGGGAGCGCAAAGACAUCCCAAUGGGGCACAGGGUUUUCCAGAUAACGCAAACCCACAAGGUACAUAUACCCAGGCCCAGCAGGAGUACAACCCAAGGUCUUUUCUGACCCACAGCAAUUCCUUACAGAACGCAGAGGCAGGCGGAUAUGGAGCUCUUCUCAAUCCUGGCGUACACGAGAACAGCCAAAGCGACAAACCUGGAGCUGCUCUGCAGCAUGACGCCGGCUUAGGUCUUCAUUAUAGGAGCCAAACCCAGAGUUUCCAGGAUAAUGCCGGGCAGCAGCACAGACCUGACGGCCGCAUGGGAGCCGGUCUCCAGGAGCAAAAUCACUUGGGCUCAGUGAAUGGGAUGGAGAACGCGCAUCACCAGGGAGCCAACGUUUCCUGCUCCACUCCCAGCCAAACCGGUUGGAUGGAGAGGAAUCUUUCUCAUGCCCAUCGUCAGCCGACACAAUGCCCGUCCUCCCAGGCAAAUGAGCAAGGCAUGUGGAGCGACUUCCCCACUAAGUCUCAGUCAGAACAGCAGGCCGCCAGCCCCCAGGUUCAAAACCAGAGAAUGGAGCCAAACCCGGUGCAGAGGUACAGGGAAGCACAGGCACAAGAGCUUUUCACAGAUACCAGCCAAGGCCCCGGCUCCCAGCAAAGCCAGCCGGACUGUCCCCCUGCUCAAACGCACCGCGCUUCGGUUCAGCACAACCCGGCCCACGAGUGGCAGCAGUCCGACUCCAAAGCCCCUCAGAUGCAGCAACAUUUGCUCCAGAAAAUCCCUCAGAAUCAGCAAUCCAACUGCUACCUCGCCCCGACCGACUCAGAGCACUUACACGAGGACAAGGACCUGCAGGAGAUACUGUCAGCCGAGUUUGUGCCAACCCAGCAGCAGCACUGUCACCUCCAGCGCCCGCUGUCCCACCCGCCGCAGUUCGACGGCCAGCCGCUGACGUCGCCCACCUACAGACCUCGCAGCCAGCCUCCACCAGGUCUGCACCAGCCUCAGCCAGACCAGCCUUUCAGCAGCAACCAUCAGCACAGCCACCCCUCAGCAUUGACCUAUAGUAGCGCGGAGAUGCAACAGCCGCAACAUCAAAGACCGUGUCUCGUAAACUCAGGCAGCCAAAACCUCAAACACGUUCAACCGCAGCAGCCUAACAACCACUGCCAUGAGCCCAGCCGGGCGGACUUCGCCCAGACCUCCUCACAGUCGCAACCUCACCUGCCGCAGGCUCUGUUUCACCAACAGUCAGCACCACGGAUGUAUCCCAAAGCCGAAGAGCAGGCGAGGGCUUCUUGUACUCAGUUCCAAACAGGACCUCGACUACCUCUGGGACCGGCAGGUCCCCACGUUGACUUUCAGAGGCACGCGGCUCUGCGCAUGCAUCUGCUACAGCGGCAGGAGCGCCACGGCCCGCCUCCCUCCCCUCACAGCCCAGUUGAGCCCAAACUAAACCCGAGAGCCGUGAAAGUGGAGCCGCCUGGCUCGUGGCAGCAGGAGCCGGCGUUUCAGGCGCGGGACGCGGGGAUGGUCGGGGUUCAGAUCAAGCAGGAGAACCAGCAGUCCCUGUGCGCUCAGAACAAGAAGCCGGGGAGCAUCAUCGCCUCCAUGGAGCAGAGCCUGAGACAGUACGAGCUCCUGAACGUGUUCGAGAAGAAACCCUUCGUGGCCGGUUCGCCGAGUAAAGUCAAGGUGGAAUCCUCGGGGCCCGUCACGAUCCUGUCGACCAACGCGGAGAUGAGCGGGGCGGACUCCUCGGCCGCAGCAGCUUCACCCGCCGCAGCUCUGAAAAGAACGCUGGACUCCACUCCCAAGAAGGAGCAGCUCCUGAAGAGUUUCAUCGACUCCCCCAUGAAGCUGUUGGAUACCCCUGUAAAGAACCUUCUGGAUACUCCCAUGAAAACCCAAUAUGAGAUCGCCUCGUGCCACUGCGUCGAUCAAAUCAUUGAGAAGGACGAGGGUCCGUACUACACUCAUUUGGGCUCAGCGCCGACCGUCGCUGGCAUACGGGAGCUGAUGGAGAAAAGGUCUGGCCUCAGCGGGCGAGCCAUCAGGGUUGAGAAAGUAAUUUACACCGGCAAGGAGGGGAAAAGCACACAAGGAUGCCCCAUCGCCAAAUGGGUGAUUCGGCGAUCCAGUGUGGAUGAAAAGCUCCUGGUUCUGGUGCGUGAGCGUACCGGUCACAGGUGCGACACCGCCUGCAUCAUAAUCGUGAUCCUGGUGUGGGAAGGCAUCCAGCCCAGUCUGGCCGACCGCCUCUACCUGGAGCUGCGUGAGACGCUGACAAAACACGGAGCCCACACGCAGAGGCGCUGUGCUUUCAACGAGGAGAGGACCUGUGCGUGCCAGGGCUUCAAUCCUGAAGCCAGCGGUGCUUCUUUCUCUUUCGGCUGCUCUUGGAGCAUGUACUAUAAUGGCUGCAAGUUCGCCCGCAGCAAAAUCCCGAGGAAGUUUAAGCUACUAGGAGAUGAUGUCAGAGAGGAAGAGAACCUGGAGAAAAACUUUCAAAAUUUGGCCUCAUUACUGGCUCCCUUGUAUAAAAUCAUGGCACCUGAAGCCUAUGGAAACCAGGUAGAACAUGAGCAGAGAGCCCCAGAUUGUCGUCUGGGGCUCAAGGAUGGGCGCCCCUUCUCCGGAGUCACUGCAUGUCUGGACUUUUGUGCCCAUGCUCACAGAGACCUCCACAACAUGCAGGGAGGAAGCACUGUGGUGUGUACAUUAACGAGGGAGGAUAAUCGAGAAAUUGGAAAGAUCCCAGAGGAUGAGCAGCUCCACGUCCUACCUCUUUAUAAGGCUUCGAACACUGACGAGUUUGGCAGUGAGGAGGGCCAGCAGGAAAAAAUAAAAUCAGGGGCCAUCCAAGUCCUCAGUGCCUUUCGUCGCGAGGUGCGCAUGCUGGCCGAGCCCGCCAAGUCUUGCCGGCAGAAGAAGCUGGAUGCAAAAAAGGCAGCUGCCAACAAGAACGCCACGCUGGAAAGCUCAAACGAUAAGGCGGAAAAGGCCCUUCUGGCCAAGUCAAAAGCCGGCACUUACGACAACACUGUUCAGAGCGCUCCAUUUCCAGGUGCUGUGGGAGCCCCCCUUCAGUCGGGUCACCCGUCAUACCCCCUCGGGGCCAUGCCACAGCAAAUUCAGCAACAGCAGCAAAGAGGCGUGUUCCCCCCUUACCCUCCCUCACCAAACGCUGCUCUGCCAAGGUUCUCCAACGGCCCCGGCUCUUUUCCAGGCCCUCCAAGGCCAGAGAGUAUGUACACCCCCCAGCCAUCAGCACCCGCCGGCUCCUACCUUCCCUCUCUUCCAAACGCUUACAUGAACGGGCCGAAUCGUCCGCAACCAGGCCUUCAGUGUAACGGAGGAAUGCCGGUGGAGAGCUACCAUCCCUUCUACGCGGCGAACCAAAAGCAGCUGGACAUGUACCGCCAGCAGCGGCCUGCGCUCUACCCCGAGCAGCAGUAUGGUGUCCAGCAACGCUUUGAGCUCAGCUACCCGUCUAGGUACAGUCAGCCGGGCUUCCAAGUCAACGGCUACAGUGUCAUGAGACCACCUCAGCCCGUGAGGCAUUAUGGCCCCUUUGGCCAUACCAGAACCUCAGACACCCGGUUUAUUGACCCCCUAACCGGAGCACCCCCUGUUCAUGGUGCCGUGGAUUAUGCACUUGCUGUCAGUAAAGGGAGUCAGUUUGGAGAGUACCCAAAACCAUACCUGCCCCCUAGCCCACACAUCCCCGGCCACGACUCCUUCCAUAUGCAAAUCAAGCCCGAGAUGGGCAUGCCUGGCCCACAGAUGCUCCCCGCUCACAUCAGUGGCGGCUGUUUAAACGCCGAAACGCAGCCAGGGUUGAGUCUUCCCAACGGCGGCCCCCCGCUGCCCGGUAUUAAGCAGGAGCCCGGGAUGCCGACGACACCCACAACGCCCAAAAAGCCAGAGAUGUGGUCCGACAACGAGCACAACUUCUUGGAUCCCGAGAUCGGCGGCGUGGCAGUGGCUCCGAGUCACGGGUCUGUUCUCAUCGAGUGCGCAAAACGGGAGCUGCACGCCACCACGCCCCUGAAGAACCCGGACCGCAACCACCCGACGCGGAUCUCCCUGGUCUUCUACCAGCACAAGAACCUGAACGAGGCGAAGCACGGGCUGGCCAUGUGGGAAGCCAAGAUGGCGGACAAGGCUCGAGAGAAGGAGGAAGAGGCCGAGAGGAACGGCGGGGAGGGGACUCCGAGCAAGAGCGGCAAGAAGGGGGGCAAGCGGGAGCAUUCGGAGGCAUCGGAGCCCGCCGGGGAACCCCCAUACAAGCGUUUCAUCAAGGCACUGAUGGAGGGAUCGUCGUCGUCGUUCACAACGAACACUCACGUCACGACGACUCCAUAUGCAUUUACCAAGGUCACAGGGCCUUACAGUCAGUUUGUGUAGAAAGACCCUCUGAGGAAGCUGAAGGUGCUACAGCACAAUCCGCACGCAUCAAAUCACUAACGGCAGCCUUGUGAUGAAAAACAAAAGUACUGUUUCUCACCUCUCAUGCAAACCGAGCUUUACUAGUUGAUCCUACGGAGGACGCGGUGACUCUUGCAACCUAGCAGAACAGUCAGUGGUGCUUUCAGUCUGACACACAAGGAUCUUUUUCAGCUGGAAACAAAAGUUUCGUUUACGGUGGCUUUAUUUUUUCGUACAAAAUUUCUACUCUUUGCAUAAAACACUGACUUUGUGAAGUCCAGGACUCACGGUGCUGAAAAGUCUGCUUAUCACCACUUUUUAUUAUUCGAAUGCCUUCACACUAAAACCAGACUACACUCUACAAGAGACUCCCAUGAGCGUCUCCAUCGGUUUUAGGAAGUCCGUGUCUCUUGGAGCACUUUUUUAAUCAUUUAAGUUUCAUUUUUUUUCCUCACAUUGUUACAUAAGGAAAUGCAAAUCGGGUUAUGCUGUAUUGGAAAAAAAAAUUACAGGUACAACUCAGUAAAUUAGAAUAUCAUAUAAAAUCUGGUUUAUUUUAGCAAUUCAAUGCAAAAAACAGUGAAAGCCGUUUUAUAGGUCCGUUACUCAGAGCGGAGUAUCAAGUGUUUAUUUCAAGUCAUAACAACGGCUGGCGCUAGCAGCUAAUGAAAACCCAAAAUGCAAAAAAACUAUUUUUAAAAAGCAGCGAUGCCAAUUAAGAGAUGGGGCAAUUAUGUAGUUUGUUGUGGAAAAAAAAGUUUAAUUGCAAGAAAUGUAAUUUAUUGUGAUCAACUGUUGGUGUUGAUCAUAGCAAACCCUUAAAUCUAAGUGAUUGGGAUCAUUAGUUUUGCUUUUCUCUCCUCAUUGUUGUGUUCAGUGAGAACACAAUAUGAAUAAAUAGUUAUUGUGUUGUGCUUUUCAGCAGUCACAACUGUACUGAAGUGGUCUGCCAAGGUUUUAUCUUUUAGAGAAGUGUUUGCAUUUGUGGGCCUUUUCCUAUAUGCAUUCACAUACAGUUAUAGCCGUAUAAUUGCAGAAAGAUACUGCCAUUCAUUUUUAAGUACUUGUUAUUUUGAGAAUAUCAGCAAUUACAAUUUGUAUUGUUAUCACAGCAACUAUAACAGCAUGGAGCUAUUUUUAAGGCCAAAUGGCUCAUCCCUAGGGCCGAUAACAAAGAGCAGUCAGCAUCUACGCCAUGAUUGAUGCCAGAUCAAAUCCCCAUCGCAGCAUCUCUGUUCGAAAACGCGGAUUUUUAUUUUAUUUCGCAUCGGCUUCCAGCCGUAAUAAUCAAAAGUUAACGGAAAAAUGCUUGAUAUAUAUCGCUCUGUUUGAAUGAAUCCGUAUGAGUUUCACGUUUUGAAUUGAAUUGCUGGAAUAAAUUCAAGUUUCCAAUAAUAUUCUAGUCAAUGGAGAUGCAUAUCUAGUAAAAUGCUAAACAUGUCAGCAUAUUGGUGCUUUUAUCACUCUCUGAUGUCACUUAUACUGUACAAUUGAGCCAUUCAUGUGGUGCAUUUUUAACCUUUUGAGACAAAAAAAAUAUUUUCUUCUCUUUAGUUUUUAGCAGGUUUGCUUUGCUGUUCUUUGUGACUGUUUUUAUAGCUCCUUACUGUAGGUUCAGCGAACAUCCUGGCUUGUGAAUAUUACACAUAGUUUUACGUCUGUGGUGCUCAGUAAAUGUGCUUUUUAUACACUGAGGAACACAAAGCGGGGUGGGCUCAGUGUGGAGAGGGCAGCUGGCUCCCCGUUGUGAUCAAACUAAGAUUAAAAGGUGAGAUUUGUACAGUAAGUUAAUUCCCCUUAUAGGACUUUUGGGAUGUAUGUUGUAAAAUUGUGGCGAGUGUCAUGGUGUUUCUUUAGGUUUCAGCUGAUUUUUUAUUUCAACAAGGUGCUAUUCAGCCUAGUAGAAAUGUACAAUGUGAAACUUCUGGACAAAGCGAGAAGGCUUAUAAAUUAUGUAAAGUAUAAACCUGUCGUAUACCUCAAAAACAAGCUCGGCAAUAGGAUUAUUACAAAUCUUUUCAUUGUUGCGUGCUACUUUCACCAUAUUAGGCCGCCAACAGGCAAAAGGAAGCUCUUCAUUUUAGUUUCAGUGUGCUUCGAAAGUAUCAGUUGAACUUUACCAUUACUGUAAAAUCAGGGAGAUUUUUAACUAAUUAUGUCGUCAAGCCUUUUUGUUACAGUCAGGGACUCGCUAUAGCAUCCGGAGUCCCCGUCGUUUUCUUGUUUUUAAUAGAUUUCACCCAAAUUCAAAAUGGGAAGAAAAAGAAACAACAACCCAGAUACUAUCCUGCAGAAUUUCUACUUGUAUUUUAGCUGGUGAGGGUAUUUUCUGCUUAACGAAUCAACACAUAAUGCACUGAGUUGACAAAAGGGAACGAUAUUGACUAAGUUGAAGCAAUCUGUUUGUUUUUAAGCAAGACCAGAGCAGCGAUUAAUGCGGCUGCACAUCUUUUGCGCUUGAGUGUUGGUAAAUUUAAUUUAUAACCACUUAGUAACUGGUGAUUUCUUCCACUUAAUUAAGGCAAUUUAAUUGAACAUCAGUCCCCCCUCCCCCAAUUAUUUCAUAUGUUGAUUUUUUCUUUUCUUUUAAAAAGCACUUCCUUUAUUUUUCAGGAAAAGAAGUAGUAAAAAAAAAAGUUUUAUUUAAACAAAUUGUACAUGUGUUUAAAAAAAUAAAUUAUGUUACAUUGUACAUAGCGAGAAUUUGUAUUGCAGGAGUACAACUCACUGAUAUUCAUGUUAGGCUCUUUACGUUCUGUCAAAUUGUCGCAUGGCUCCACGUAUUUGAUCUUUCAAAUAAAAAAAAAUAAAAUUAAAUCCUAGCUGGAGCGUUUCCAGGUGAAUAAAAAUGUAAUGGAUUAUCCAGGAAGUUUUUCUUUUUUCGUUUUUUUUUUUUUUUUUGUAAAUACUACACUCACUCGCAGCAAUGUUUACA